CAACCCCCCUUAGGUCUUCCGUAACGCGUAAGUAAUCUCUGGAUUCGGUGGUUUCACCCAACAGCCCCAGCCAAGAAAAAACAAAAUCAAAAAAUUCGGGACUCUUUGUAUUGAAUUAUCCUAACAUUCUUUCUUUCCAGCAUCGAGGCCGGCGAUGCUGUCGAAGUUGUUGCCGUCAACGACCCCUUCAUUGAGACUCACUACGCUGUAAGGUUUUUUUUCACGCUCAAACUCCCCAAAGCUCUGAAACUAAUCCCUCUGCUUCUAUAACAGGCCUACAUGCUCAAGUAUGACACCACUCACGGUCAGUUCAAGGGCACCAUUGAGACCUACGAGGAAGGUCUCAUUGUCAACGGCAAGAAGGUCCGUUUCUUCGCUGAGCGUGACCCCGCUGCCAUUCCCUGGGGUGAGGCUGGUGCCGAUUACAUUGUCGAGUCCACUGGUGUCUUCACCACCACCGAGAAGGCCUCUGCCCACUUGAAGGGUGGUGCCAAGAAGGUUGUCAUCUCUGCUCCUUCUGCUGAUGCCCCCAUGUUCGUCAUGGGUGUCAACAAUGACAGCUACAAGAAGGACAUCAACGUCCUCUCCAACGCUUCUUGCACCACCAACUGCCUUGCCCCCCUGGCCAAGGUUAUCAACGACAACUUCGGUAUCGUUGAGGGUCUCAUGACCACCGUCCACUCCUACACUGCUACCCAGAAGGUGGUCGAUGCUCCCUCCAACAAGGACUGGCGCGGUGGACGUACUGCUGCCCAGAACAUCAUCCCUAGCUCCACCGGUGCUGCUAAGGCUGUUGGCAAGGUCAUUCCUUCCCUCAACGGCAAGCUUACCGGAAUGUCCAUGCGUGUUCCUACCUGCAACGUCUCCGUUGUCGACCUGACCUGCCGCCUCGAGAAGGGCGUCACCUACGACGAGAUCAAGGAGACUAUCAAGAAGGCUUCUGCUGGUGAGCUCAAGGGAAUCCUCGGUUACACCGAGGACGAUGUUGUCUCCAGCGACAUGAACGGCGACACCCACUCUUCCAUCUUCGAUGCUAAGGCUGGUAUUGCCCUCAACGCCAACUUUGUCAAGCUCGUCUCCUGGUACGACAACGAGUGGGGCUACUCCCGCCGUGUUGUUGACCUUAUCUCCUACAUUGCCAAGGUUGAUUCCCAAUAGGAAUCAGGUCGGAGACCAGAUGCAAGAAGUGUCCUAUAAUGGAGUCUUCUUGAACAUUCGGACUACGCCAUCUAACAAUGACUG